ACUAGACAGUGGAGGAAAAAGUGAAGGCACUUUGUUUAUGUGAAUUGCCCUUUUGAACAAAUACUCUCUCUCUCUCUCUCUCUGCCAUCAUCAUCAGAAUCCGAAGGAAGGAAGCUCGUCUCUCCGAUAAGACUCUUGGAUUAGUUGCUUCGGUUUUUUGAAGAUAUUAGGCACAUUGAUGAAAUAGGAGAUACCCAUUUGAAAUUUUUGUGAUAGAAAAAGGAUCAGAUAACUUGCAGAGGAUGGCCUGCAGAGGGUGCUUGGAAUGCAUAUUGAAACUUUUGAACUUCUUGUUGACCCUUUUGGGUCUGGCCAUGGUGGCCUAUGGGAUCUAUUUGCUGGUUGAAUACAACAAAGUAUCUGGUGAUACCCUCACCGCUUCUUCUGUUGAUAAGGAUAAUGGUUUGAUACAGCUUGGUCGACCCAUCCUCAUGGCUGUUUCUCUGUCAGCUAGUAGCAUCUUUGAUAAUUUGCCGAAAGCUUGGUUUAUAUACUUAUUUAUUGGAAUAGGGGUGAUUCUCUUCGUCAUCUCAUGUUUUGGAUGUAUUGGAACUGUAACACGGAAUGGUUGCUGCUUGAGUUGUUACUCUGUGUUGGUGGUUCUGUUGAUCUUGGUGGAGGUGGGAUGUGCGGCCUUUAUAUUCUUUGACAAAAGCUGGCAAUCAGAAAUCCCAACCGACAAAACUGGAGACUUUGACAUGAUAUAUGCUUUUCUGAAAGAGCACUGGAAUAUUGUCAGAUGGGUUGUGCUUGGAGCUGUUAUUUUGGAGGCCCUACUUUUUGUGAUAGCCCUUAUGGUUAGGGCUGCAAACAAGCCACCAGAGUAUGACAGUGAUGAUGAGUUCAUUGCUCCAAGGCAACAAAUCCGUCAGCCUUUGAUCAACAGACCAGCUGUUCCAGCAACUGGAGUACCUGUUGCUGGCACCCUUGAUCAGCGUCCAAGCAGAAAUGAUGCUUGGAGUACACGCAUGAGGGAAAAGUAUGGGCUUGAUACAUCCGAAUUUACAUACAACCCAAACGAGUCACACAGGUUCCAGCAAGUAGGCACACAGCCAGCAGAAGAAAGGAGACGAUGCACUAUCAUGUGACAUAUUUGCAGUUCCAGCCAAAGUUUGGAUUUGUGGUGGUGUGUAGAACGCUCAACUUUCAAGCUUCUCAGAAUCUCCUUUGUCAAAUUUUAUGUACAACAAAAAUUUUUCUGGAGCUUUACAUAUCUCACCGCAACGGAUCUUUCCCUUCUUAUGUAUUGUGAUUUGGUGUGCAUAACUGUACUGGUACAUUAGGGUAUUCUGUGGAGUCACAAGUGAGCAUAGUUUUAUUAUCAGAGCUAUGAAAAACAUUUUGCCAGGUUUAUUGAUGUGAAGAGGCUGCUUAUGACGUGUUCAA